AUGCCAUUCCCGCCAAGUGCGGUACCGAUUAAAAUCCCUAAGAGAUUUCGCACGCCCGAUAUCCCGAAGUACAAUGGGACGACGGACCCAAAUGAACAUGUGACUGCAUAUACAUAUGCUAUUAAGGGCAAUGAUCUCGCCGAUGACGAAAGGGAAUCAGUGCUACUUAAGAAAUUUGGGGAAACCAUGUCAAAGGGGGCGAUGAUUUGGUAUCAUAACUUACCCGAGCAUUCAAUUGAUUCAUUUGCCAUGCUCACUGAUGCUUUCGUCAAGGCCCAUGCCGGGGCCAUCAAGGUCGAAACACGAAAAUCGGACUUGUUCAACGUCAAGCAACGAGAUGACGAGACCCUCCGCGAGUUUGUGGCUCGAUUUCAAAUGGAGCAUAUGGACUUACCCCCAGUCACUGACGAUUGGGUCGUUCAGGCUUUCACCCAAGGGAUCAAUUCAAGGAGCUCGAUCACAUCUAUGGAGCUAAAGCAAAAUCUAAUAGAAUGCCCAGCGAUCGCCUGGGCUGAUGUACACAACAGGUAUCAGUCGAAGAUCAGGGUCGAAGAUGAUAAAAUUCUGAGGGCUGCUUCAGUAUCAUGGCAUUCCGGCAAAGGGAGUGAUCGAUUGAGAAGAGUGGUAGAUCGGGAUUCCAGAUCGUCGUAUGCCUUACCCACUCGAUCGAAGGGGAAACGGGUGCAACAGCAAAUCAGAAAUGCUAUCGAUAGAGCCCCGGGAAACAGAAAAACUCCAAGGUUAUCCGAGUACAACUUUUGCGUCGAUGUAGCAACCAUCGCGGCGACCGUUAUCCGAAACAAAGAAACAAGACAUCCAAGUCCAAUCCAAUCUGAUCUAGAGAAGCGGAAUAAAAGUCUUAUUUGUAAGUAUCAUCAUACUCACGGCCAUCAGACAGAGGAUUGUCGGAAGCUGAGAGAGGAGGUCGCUCGUCUGUUCAAUUUGGGUCAUCUUCGAGAAUUCCUAAGUGAACGAGCAAAAACCCAUUUCAAGAACCUGGAUUCCAACAAACAGGAUAGGCCAGAAGAUCCUCAGCAAGUGAUACACAUGAUCAUGGGAGGAACUGACGUUCCCAUUGGGCCGGUUGUAAAACGCACCAAAAUUUCCAUAACGAGGGAAAAGCAUAUCCGAAAUGAUGACCCCGAUGGUCCCAUCACGUUCGAUGACGAGGACAUGGAAGGCAUCGCCCAGCCGCAUAACGACGCACUGGUAAUAUAUGUCCUUGUUAAUAAAUUUAGAAUUAAACGUGUGCUAAUUGAUCUUGGUAGCUCGGGUAAUAUCAUCCGAUGGAGAGUCAUUGAACAGCUGGGACUACUAGAUCAGAUUGUGCCAGCAAUACAGGUCCUCAACGGAUUCAACAUGGCAUGCGAGACGACGAAGGGUGAGAUCACUUUACCGAUCAAUAUGGCAGGAACUACGCAGCAGACAAAAUUUUAUGUGAUAGAGUGA